AUGGUAGAUUUUAAUAAACGAGCGUUUUGGCAUUUUACAUUUAAAGACAUAUUAACUAUUCUAUGUUCAGCUGCUAUACCUAUAGCUCUUGCUAUUUAUACUGCAAUUGGGUCCGAACAACAAAAACAGCAAGAUGAGAAAAAACAAAAGUUUGAUUUUAAACAAUCAACACAAUUAAGACAACAAACACUUUAUGAUGAAUUUUUAAAUAACAUUUUUAAAUUAGAUUAUUAUGGUUAUCUGAAGGAGAGAAAAAAUCCAUGGGCAUUUGCCAAUGCAUAUUAUCGUGCUGCUGAUCGUCAAUGGGAUACAAUACGCAAAGCAGAUGUUAUACAAUUUUUGAAAGAAAAACAAUUAAUUGGCAGAAAUAAUUGUACGAAUGGAUGUAAGACAACAAAUUUAGUUGACAUAAUCCGUUUGAAUGAGUUAAAUUUGGAUAAUACACGUCUAGCAAGUCAAACUGGUGUAUUAAAUAAAUUGAAUUUACAAUGUGUUUCUUUUGAUCAGGUAUCAAUGUCAAAUGGGGAGUUUUCAUCUGUUAGUUUAAAUGGUGUAUCAUUUGAUGGAGCCCGGUUAGAUAACGUGAAAUUUGAUGAUACAUCUUUACUUUGUGCUAGUUUUAACGGUGCAAAUCUAACAGGUGCACACUUUUCAAACAGUGAUAUGACAGGUGCUAAAAUAACGGAAGAUCAAAUAAAACAGGCAUCUUUUUAUAAUGUAACUAUGCCAAACGGAAAGAAGAGUGAAAUUAAAUCCUCAACGACACCGAAAAAACCUAUAACACAAACAACCAUAACAACAAUAAAAACAAAAAGGUCGACAACAACAUCAUCAUCAUCAUCGUCAACAACAGCAACAACAUCCACUACAUCAUCAACAACAACAUCAAUAACAACAACAUCAACAUCAACAAUAUCAUCAAUAAUGACUUCAUCAACAACAUCCAUCACAUCAUCAAGAACUUCAUCAACAACAACAUCAUCAUCAUCAUCAAGAACUUCAUCAACAACAUCAUCAUUAACAACAACAACAUCCACCACAUCAUCAACAACCUCAUCAACAACAACAGCAACAACAUCAUCAACAAUAUCCACUACAUUAACAACUUCAACAACAACAACAACUUCAGCUACAUCAUCAACAGCUUCAUCAACUUCAUCGACAACAACAACAAUAUCCACUACAUCAUCAACAACUUCAUCAACAACAACAACAAUAACAACAACCACUACAUCAUCAACAACAACAACAACUUCAACAUCAACAUCAUCAACAACAACAACAACUUUAACAACAAUUAGAUAUUCUCAAGAUUUUGAAUCAGGUGUCAUCGCUUCAAGUCAAUGUAGAGUGUGGAGAAAUUUUAUAGAUCAAUUAACAAAACACAAUUAUAGGCUUUUAAAAAUAAAUGGCUCACUCGAUUCAGUAGGCGUCUCUGUUUUUGAUCCAACUGUUAUUUCAAAGAUAGCAUUGGCUUUGAGAACUUCAUCAGUAUAUGGACCAGUGACGUCAAACAGACGUUCAUGGGCAGUUAAUACAAGUGCACAUUCAAAAGCAUAUAAAUUGAGCGCUAGUGGUGAUCCCAAUGAGUGUCAGAAUCCCGGGUAUAUAGUAAGGCCAUGUAUUGACAAUAUUAACUGGGGUGGAAUAAAUGGUCUGACGUGUAAUGCUGCAAGUCAGACUAUGUCCGUCAUAUUUCAGUAUUAA